GCUCAGUUUGGCAGCUGCGCGAGUGGGAGAGGGAGAGGCCCGUGUGCUUCCCGGUUUACCGGAUCUUUUUUCUGCAUUUUUCUCGAAGAUCACUCAGCGACACACAAGAUGCAGCGCUGUCGUUCAGCAGCAGAUGAUGCGCUAUCUGCCACUGAAUUGUCAUUUCCACUCGCAUUCACUCACCGCUGUAAUCAAAUGGACUCAUGCUAGCCACAAAUUCUGACUGAGCUCAAUUGUUAUGAAACGCAUAUACUGUACAGCGAUUAGUUUCUCUCUCUUUCAUACAGACUUAUAGCGAGGAGCGCCCACAAUGUGUUUUGUGCUUAGUAAUGAAUCUCAUAACGAACAAAUUAAUAAAACGACACGCCCUGACCAAAAAUCCACACCAUGAUGGUAAACCCAGGGAGUUAUUUCAGAACGGGAAAUAAUGCUUCAGGAAACAGUGCUUCGACAGUGGAGAAAUGUGAGCUUCCUAAGAAUCCAACUGUCUGGGAAUAACAGCCACAUAGAGCUCCUACAGGGCCCUCAGGACAACAUAGUAUAUGCUACAGGCCACAAAAACCUGUUCCGGACAAACUUCCACAGUUCUAAUACCUCUAGAAUGAGUCCUGUGUUUCGAGAGGGAUGUAGAAGUAAUGAUUCCACAUCACCAGACUGUCACUAUAACAUCACUGUUUUACGCAAGACUAAAGAUCCAAACCAACUGUUCCUGUGUGGAACCAAUAGACAACACACAUUGUGCUGUUUCAUGAACCCAUCAGACGACCCGUUUAACUGCACUCCAUCCAAGGGCAUCCAAGACAUUGGUCAACACAUCAAUGAAAGAGAGCCGUCGCUCCUCAUUGGUUCUUCUGGGGUAGAGGAGUUCUACACCACUCACUCAGGCACAGAGGGUUCCGUGGGGAUCAACAAGUUUGGGAAGAACAGGAUAUGGACAGAAAGGGACAGUGGAACAGAACAGAGAUGUGUGAGUUUGGUGGCUAGCGGGCAGAGAGAGGAUCGUCUGCAGGACAGACUAUAUGCUUUCUACAUAGAGAAGAACCGAGACCCGCGUUUGGACUCUGAUCUCUGGGUUCCUCGGGUUGCUCAAGUCUGCAUGGCCGAUCGUGGAGGACCUAAGGGCUAUCUGCAGUUCAGGUGGACCUCCAAGCUGAGUGCCAGGCUCUUCUGUGGAGACCAUGACAGCAGGCUGUCCUUCACCCAGCUAGUGGACGUGAACACUGUUCUGGCAGAGAGGUGGCAGGAUACCAGGGUCUAUGCACUCUUCAGGAAUGGCUGGGGUAUGAGUGCUGUAUGUGUCUACACCGUAGAAGAUAUUGACCGCAUCUUUAACACCUCCAACUUCAAGGGACACACGGGGUCCGUUCCAAGCCCACGACCUGGGGAGUGUGUUAAAGACAGUACUAAACUCCCCAUUGAAGUCCUGAAGAUGGUGGACAAGGUUUCAGAGAUGGAGGAGUGGGUCACCAGUAGGCCUCUCCUGGUCACUCACCACUAUUAUCACCACAUCUGCGUGGACAGAGUCCAAGAAAAGGGGAAUGUACUGUUUCUGUCUCUAGGGAAUGGAGGGAUUCAUAAGAUUCUGGAGAGGGAUGGUCAUGCCUUCAUCAUCGCUGAGUUACAACCUUUUAACUACAGAGCACACAUCCUCAGUAUGAUGUUGCACUCCUCCACGGGGAAGCUAUAUGUGGGCUCCAGCAGAGAGCUGGUUCAGAUUGACCUGGGCAGCUGUGAGCAGUAUGGAGCCCAGUGUGAAGACUGUGUCCUGGCCAGAGACCCUUACUGUGGCUGGGACGGCCAUCACUGCACCACAGCUACAAAUAAUACAAUUCAGGAUGUGGAGAACGGGAACCAUCAGGUAUGCAGCAACAUAUCCAGAGGAGUUACUGCAAGUAAAGUUUACUUUCUAAGGUCAUCAGUUGGCGCUGCAGAUGGAAUCAGAGUUUCUCAAUCUUCAAAGUACUUCCUCCAUUGCCCAACCUUGUCCAGCCACGCUGAGUACAGCUGGAGGCACCAUGGCAACACCACAGCAACACCGUGCAUCUCCACAGGGUCAGAGCACCAGUGUCUCCUGCUUAUAGAGAGCAUGGGCCCUGAGCAGCAGGGAACAUACAGCUGUGUGUCUGAGGAGAGGGGCUACCACCGGACUCUGGUGCAGUACCAGUUACAGCUGGACAGUGGGGCCACAGGCCUGGCCUCUCACCACCUGCCCUGUCCUGGUCUGGGUCUGGUACUAACACUGGUCCUGACUUUGCUCUGUUAGCAUCGGCUCUAUGGACUCUCACCCCAGCCCUAUAACCAAGCUGACUUGACUUGGACAUCCCUGCACUUGUACUUUGGUCUUCCUUACACCCACGCUACCUCAAGAAUAGUUAAUGACGGGCCUCCCGGGUGGCGCAGUGGUCUAGGGCACUGCAUCGCAGUGCUAACUGCGCCACCAGAGUCUCUGGGUUCGCGCCCAGGCUCUGUCGCAGCCGGCCGCGACCGGGAGGUCCGUGGGGCGACGCACAAUUGGCAUAGCGUCGUCCGGGGUAGGGAGGGUUUGGCCGGUAGGGAUAUCCUUGUCUCAUCGCGCUCCAGCGACUCCUGUGGCGGGCCGGGCGCAGUGCGCGCCAACCAAGGGGGCCAGGUACACGGUGUUUCCUCCGACACAUUGGUGCGGCUGGCUUCCGGGUUGGAGGCGCGCUGUGUUAAGAAGCAGUACGGCUGGUUGGGUUGUGCUUCGGAGGACGCAUGGCUUUCGACCUUCGUCUCUCCCGAGCCCGUACGGGAGUUGUAGCGAUGAGACAAGGUAGUAAUUACUAACGAUUGGAUACCACGAAAAAUUGGGGAGAAAAUGGGAUAAAAUUUAUUUUAAUAAAUAAAUAAAUAAAUAAUAAAAAAAGAAUAGUUAAUGACAGUCAAGUGACGAGCCAUUUCGCUGAGCCGUUUCCUUUGUUACUUUCACAAUCAAUUGGUAAAAAACAUAGCGCUGUAGAAGUUAAAGCUACUGCACUGGUGCUGAGGAUUUAUUGGCUUUAUAUGUUUUAUAAUCAUGCUACGUUAUCCAAUAUGGAACUUUUCAGGGGUUAAAAAUAUUUUAUGUGAAAAUCUGAAUUUAUAUAUAGCAAAAACAGACUAAGUUUGUUACAUUUUAGAAAUCUAUUUUUUACUUAACUCCUAACUUUCUUGCUAACAGCAUGAUGGUUGUAAAUAUAUACAGUACCAGUCAAAAGUUAGGACACACCUAAUCAUUCAAGGGUUUUUCUUUAUUUUUACUAUUUUCUACAUUGUACAAUAAUAGUGAAAACAUCAAAACUAUGAAAUGACACAUAUGGAAUCAUGUAGUAACCAAAAAGUGUUCAACAAAUAAACUCAGCAAAAAAAGAAACGUC